AUGAAUACGAUUUUGUUGAAUUCUGUCAUGUUAAAAAAAUAUAUUUUUUUACUUAUAUUUUUGUUGAGUCAAGUUAAUAGUGAACAAGAAGAUCAUGCACAUGCCAUACAAUUGUCAUGUUCUACAUUCCUUGUUUUUCAUUUCAUUAGGUGUAGACACUGUCAAAAAUUGUUACCUACAUGGGAACAAUUAGCAGAAAUAUCAAAUAAAGAGGAUAAUAAUAUCAUAAUUGCAAAAGUAGAUUGUACCAGUGAUAUCAGUUUAUGUAAUUUACACGAUGUUACUGAUUAUCCUACGCUGAAAUUUUUUAAAGCUGGAAAAGAGGAAGGCAGUACAUACAGAGAUACAAAGGACUUAUCUUUACAUUCCUUAAUUUCUUAUCUUACUGAACAAAUAGGUACUAAUCUUGGGGAAGAUGAUAUUAUACCAUUACCUCCUAAACCAAUAAAUGGUUUACUGGAAUUAACAGAGGACACUUUUGAUAAACAUGUAUCUACUGGUUACCAUUUUGUAAAAUUUUAUGCACCUUGGUGUGGCCACUGCCAAAAGUUAGCUCCUAUCUGGGAAGAAUUAGCUAAUAGCUUGAGUAAUAAUAAUUUUGUUAGUAUUUCUAAAAUAGAUUGUACACAACACCGUAGUGUUUGUGGACAAUUUGACAUAAAGGGAUACCCAACACUGCUUUGGAUUGAAGAUGGGAAGAAGGUGGAUAAAUAUACUGGACAACGUACUCAUGAAGAUCUGAAAGCUUACACAUCAAAAAUGCUUGGAAAAGAAAAUGAUCAAGUUAACAUUAAGACUGAUAAUUCAGACAAUACAGCUUAUGCUGUGUUAAGUUUAACUGGAGGAAGCUUUAAAUAUGGUAUCGAAAAUGGUAUUUCGUUUGUUAAAUUUUUUGCACCUUGGUGUGGGCAUUGCAAACGUUUAGCUCCUAUUUGGAAAGAUCUUGGAAAAAAAUUUUUGACGAACGAUAAUGUGAAUAUAGUCAACGUAGACUGUACUCUGAAUAUAAGUAGAGAUCUGUGCAAUGAACAAGAAGUAGAUGGUUUUCCAACUCUAUACUUAUAUCGCGAUGGACAUAAAGUUUCUGAAUACAAUGGUGCUCGUAAUUUAGACGAUCUUUACGAAUUUGUAAUGAAUCAUGUAAAACCGCAUGAUGAACUAUGAUUAUACAUAUUUUUCUCAUAACUAAUCUAAUUUUAAAGCAAUAGCGGUAACUUAAGCUGUUUUUAGCUAUAAACCUGUAAUACUUAAUUUAAUUAUACUUAACUGUACGAAAUAUCACACAAAAAACCCCAAAGUAUC